GAGCUGGUUUCUGCUGCUGGUGUUGGAUCUGCGGUGGAGGAUGAGCAGCUCUUCUCCCUUCUCCAGGUCACUGUUGGAGGAGAGGCCCAUUGCUGCCCUGUGGGGCUGCCAGCUGAGCGUGGACACCCGGAGCUGUGUGGUGAAGGAGGCCGAUGACUUCUUGGAACACUUGGUCCUGCUGGAAACGAUCUGCCUGGGUGCUGAGGCCAAGGAUGAGCUGCACGUGGUGACCGUUGACUCCAAAAACACCUAUGGAGACCACAAGCCUGUGCCCAUCGCAGCGCUGCGGAGCUCGGUGCUCCCCAUGGUCAGCCUCAAAGGUCUGGAGCUGCUCCCUCCCAUCACCUUCCUGCUCAAGUGUGGGGCUGGGCCGGUCUAUCUCAGCGGGCAGCACAUCACCCUGGAAGAUGAUGGCGAGUCUGAAGCCCAUGAGGAAGAGCUCUCAGAGGAAGAU